AUAAUUGUUUUCCUGCUGCCUGGUAGUGUUGCACAACAACUUCUAGUGCUUACUUGUGUGAUCGAUUAAUAUAAGACCAAACGUUUUCAUAGUUCGUCGACAGAGCUCUAUCGGUAGAUUCGAACGCGUUUUAAAUAAACAUGUCGCUUCAGAAGGAAAUUCCGUAUGAGGAGAACUUGCAGGGUUCCUGGGUGGAGCUGCACUAUAACAUUGGCAGUGGGAGUCAGGUGUGCCAGGAGCAGAUCUCAACAACCACUCUUGAUGUAGACCUGGAGAAGUUACUACUAGACGCCCAACACGAGUCAAGCAGGAGUACCUCGAGAGGAAGCUCACAAUGUGACAGUCCGCUUAGGUCACAGACUCCUCUUCUUCUGUUUAGAGGCUCAGAGGGAAACAGUUCACAGUCUGAGGAAGAUAACCAAGAAAGAAUCCGGGAAGUAGAGAAUCUACUGAAGAAGAAUGCUGACUGGAUCUGGGACUGGUCCAGUCGUCCUGAGAACAACCCACCAAAGGAGUUUCUGCUGAAACACCCCAGGCGCUCAGCCUCGCUCAGCAUCAGGAAGACCAGCGUCAUGAAGAAGGGAGGCGUUCUCUCCCCUGACUUCCUCAAGCUUUUCCUUCCUUCAUUAUUCAUUUCUCAUAUACUCGCAGUUGGCCUGGGGAUAUACAUUGGGAGGCGCCUCAGCACAUACAGCACCUACUGAAGCUGACGCUGCAUUAUGACACCACUGACUCAUACAGCUGGCAUGCCUUCAAAUGGGGGAAACUUCAGAAUCCAAGGAGGUGGUUGAUGUAGCAUUCUCCAUUUUAGCUGAUUGCCUCAUCUUAUUUUCUGAAUGCUGUGACUGCUUCUUUCUCCCAGAAAUGCCUUGAAUCAGGAACUGAUUUGUGCUGCCUUGUUCCUCUCGCUAUUUAGAAUGUUUUUUAUAUUGAACUGCUGCCAAUUGGCAUUGUUGUUUCUCAUUUUCUUAAGCAUAUUGAGUUUGUGUUUUGCCUGUUUGUUAUUCUUAAGGGAAUGAUUAAUGUGAAUGAAUAUUAAUUGUGAAAUAAUUUCCUGCACUCAUUUUCUUUGAAAAAAGCUGGGGUUAAUACAUUUCAUGCAACAUGUGAAAGGCAGGGUGUGAAUUGCAACAAAAGUCCAACUUUUGGGGGGUCUCCAAUUUAACCUAUUCUCCUAUUUGUUUAAAAUUCUAUUGUGUACUGUUAGUGGUAAAGAUGAAAAAAAUAAAAGCUUAUUCCAAAUUAAAUGAACACCCUCACCACUCUGUCAUGGUUUAAACCAGUGACCGUUGGUUCAGGUUCUUUCAAUUGCAUUCAUCUCUCUUAUGUCUGUCUUGAGCUUUCGCUAGCAAACAUGCAACAUUGUAUUGACUGGAUUCAGCUAGCUAGCAAACUUGCAACAUUAUCAACUGAGCCCUCAGUUUCCCAUGCUGAUGAGCUCAGGACAGACACUUGUUUGCGUCCUGUAUUUCAGCCCCUUUUCAGAUGUCCCAACUUUUUUCUUUUUACAAAAAAGCUCAAUUUGUCAGCAAGAUGAUUUAAUUCAGGCUACAAGAGUGAAGACCUGAUGACAAUCACUGAUGUCAUUACAUGUUUUGGUGUUUUGUAACAACUGUCUCUUUCCAUUCAUCCAAUGACUGGUGCAGAGUGGACUGUUUGAAUGCUGGAAUUAGUGGAGUGGAUGAACGUGGACAGUGAUUGACAAUCAGAUAAAAACAUGUCUACUAUUAGGUCCAUAAAUGUAGCAACUAUUUGAGUACAAUCAUGAUAAUGUUUUGUUUGUUUUUCAUAGCUAUAGUAUGUUACAAAUACAAAACAAUGUUUUUAUUUGGUAACUAUUUUACAGUCUCAGCUGGUACUAUAUUUGGUACGUAAUAUGCUAAGAAGUGGUACUUUCAGGUACUCUAAAGAAUGAAGUACAUGGUACCACAUCUGCAGUGGCACUUGUUUCAAAGCAUCCCAAGUUAUGUAAUUACCAUACAGUUUUAAAGCAAAUAACAAGUCAAUAUCACUGUGAAAUAAGAUGUCUCCAAUUUUUUGUAUGAUCAGUAAGACAUAUAAGCUAUCUUUGCUA